UUCAUGUUCAAAACAAAAUAUUUUCGCUUCAGUUCCAAUUCCACUGGAACUCGCUCUACUCAACUGACACCAAAAAUUGCUCUUUGAUUAACUUUCUAACUCGGUUAACACUCAAAUUACUCGCCCACAAUGUCUAACAGGGAUGAGCCUUUGAAUUUCACAUCUUCUUCUUUGCCUAUCAUGGUCUCCGACCAGCUUGACAGCUUGUACACUGAGCCGGGAAGCGUUUCUCUCAUGGGAAGCGCUUCUAAUAGCUUUCAAAAUGAUGCCUUUUUGAGUGAAGGGAGUGGCAGUGUUCUUAGUAACGGUGGUGUUGAUGCUGAGUUUGGGUUCUCUAGACCCGAGUUCAGGCUGAGUCCACUCGCCGGAACGGUCGAUUUUUAUGAGCGCCACGUGUUCUUGUGUUAUAAAAACCCCGCUGUUUGGCCGGCGAGGAUCGAGGCUGCUGAGUUCGAUCGGUUGCCGAGGUUGUUGGCGGCUGCUGUUGGUUCUAGAAAGGCUGAUAUGAAGAGACAGACUCGCUUAACAAUAUGUGAGGGUCAUGAUGGAACAGAAACAUCCAAUGGGGAUGUAUUAAUUUUCCCAGACAUGAUCAGAUACAGGAGAUUGACUCAUUUUGAUGUUGACACAUUUGUUGAAGAAGUGCUUGUGAAGAAUGGUGAAUGGCAGCCCGGUACCCCUGAAACACUUAAGGGUUGGUAUGUAUUUGUUUGUUGUCAUUGGUCCCGAGAUCUUCGCUGUGGAGUUUGUGGACCUGUAGUGGUUAGUAGAUUCAAAGAAGAAAUAGAAACUCAUGGUCUUCAGGGUAAAGUGUCUGUUAGCCCUUGUUCACACAUUGGCGGGCACAAGUAUGCAGGAAACGUCAUAAUAUUUGGAUCAAAUAUCAAUGGAAAAGUUACUGGACACUGGUAUGGUUAUGUUACCCCAGAUGAUGUGCCUCUAUUACUUGAGCAGCAUAUAGUGAAAGGAGAAAUUGUGGACUGGCUGUGGAGGGGUCAGAUGGGUUCAUCGGAAGAGGAACAGAAGAAAUCUCAAGAAUUAAGGCUCCAACUAAAUGGCGAAAAUGCGGUGAGCAGCAGUGAAGAAGUGAUGCUACAGGGACAAUUAAACCAGGAGAAUACUGCAGCUUGUAGAUCUCAAGGUGAGUUUAAAGGGUGUUGCAAGCAAAAUGGAGACUCUUGUUGUCAGAACCCCACUGUACCAGAAAAACUAGACAAUUCGGAUGCUAAUGAGAAGGCUAAAGUUCUAACUGAAAAGAAGGAAAGCAGCAAGAAACUACUUUCGCAAACAUGGUUUGAAAGCUGGGAGCGUGAAGAUACUUAUGCAACCCUUGCAGUUGUCUGUGCCGCUGUGUCUGUUUUCAUUGCCUACAGUUGCUACAAACAGCUGGGAUAAAACCUCGAAGCAACGUUGAAGUGAAUGUGUGUUUGUUUGUAUAAUGGCUCAAAGCCACCGCCUUCUCCUUUCUGUUAUCUUCAAAAUGUAAUGCAUCUGCAGAAAGAUCUGGAAUAUGAAGGCAAAAUGGCUUGAAGGAAAGCAUUAGUUAGAUAUGUAAAUUAUUAUUAAUGAUAUUUGAAAUUUGAAUUGUUUCUUUUUACUCUUA